AUGACUUUUAGUUCAGUUGUUCCUGGCAAGAAGAAAGUCAGUUAUACUCUUAAAGUUACACUAGCAGAAAGAAAUGGAAACAAAAUUACCAACCCUACAAGACAAACAUAUAUUAGUUUGAGUGAAGAAACAGCUUGUGUUGAUUACAUCGUUAGUUACUGCAAACAAAAGUUUGAUAAUGACUCGCUGAUUUUGGUCUCAGCAAAUUGUUUGCCAGUAGAGGAUUCUGAAGUAACCAGAGGUGCAAAAUAUUAGUUAAAAAAUAUUAGCUCUUAAUUAAUUGGCUGCUGCAGCGAAAAACCUUCAUGUGUGCCUGCCAUGCUAAAAACAGGCUGGCAAACAUGAAAAUAAGGCCUUUGAGGAGAGGUGCAAUAAACAAGUAUAUAUAUUAGAUAGAAUUUGUGUCAGUGGUACAUUUUCAAUUAGCAGUUCAUAUGGUAAUUAAAUAUCAAUCUUAGAAUGGAUCCUUUCGCUUAGGAACAGAACAAUUUUACUUGUCAAUGGGGAAGCUCUGUAGCUUAUGGGUUAACCAAAAAAUCUGACAAUUAUAAUGUCUUUAGUUAACCCAUUGAGCCGCAAUGCACCCCAGUGCGCCCUAUACUUAUUUUUUACUUGUCUAACGCCUGACGAUUUUACUUGUCUAACACCAUAUGAUUUUACUCGUCAAUGGGGAAGCUCGCAGCUUAAUGGGUUUAUAUACGUAUAUACUGUAAUAAGGUGCAGUAAAUGUUAUUACUUAUUUUAUCUUAUUUUACUAGGUCUGGGUUUCUGGAAAGCGAAUUCCAGGAAGAUUUAUGCAGUUCCGAACAUUACAAAAAGAAAGACAUUAAAAGGUGAGGCUGCUUCUGCUAUAAUGGUUACAGAUGAAAGUGAUGAGGAUGAGAAAGAGAAGAAAAGGCCAAAAUUAUCACAUCUGUCAAAGCAAGGUACUUAUAUGUGUGGAGUUUCUAAUCAACUGUAUCAAUGUAGAAAUUUGAUGCACUGUAUUGAUCACUACCGUAAAAAGCCACAAUUUGACAAUAGUUUUUGUAUUUGUACAAUAUAAAGGCUAUUUAGUAUUAGUAAUAGAUUUUUACAUAAAAUUUUAACAUUCUGUAUAUCAUAUUGAUAUAAUUAUGUCUAAUAUAUCUUGCCACAUUAACAUUUGUUUAGAUCUCAUCGAUGGUCUUAAGGAAACAAUUCCUGGCUUAAUGAAAGAGGCUAUAGAUGAGCCGAUGUCCAGUCUAAGAGAAGAAUUAAAUUCCAAGCAACUGCUGCUGCAAGAAUAUCAAGCCAUACUUGCAUGUGUUAUUUGCUGUCAAACCACACGACCACCUCUUAUGAUUAGCGAUUGUUGUUGUAGUAUCUUAGGCUGCAAAGAAUGUAUUGAGACAUGGUACAAUGCCAAUAGCACAUGCCCAAAAUGCCGAACAGAACAUUCUUUACUGAGUGGGUAUUUUGAACUCAAAGGAUUUGAAGAUGUUUUAAGAAAAGCAGCAAAGUAG